CAGAAACAACUGGAAUGGAUUCAAUCUUCAUUGUUAUCGGCCUGUGCUGUUCGAUUGGGGACCUACUCCGGCCAAGAAUUCCGCCACCCCAUCACUUCCCUGAGUUUUCAAAUGAAUUUAUCCUGCCCUUUGGUUCCCUGGACGGAGGUGGAAGCAUCCGCCCUGCGUUCAGAACUCUUCCUCAAUCUCCUAUUUCGUAUUGGUCUCAUUCCUCCAUCCCCUCAGCCUGUCCUGUACCCUCGUAUCCCGCGUGAAUGGUCCCCGGACACUUUGUACAGUGUCGCCCUCCUUUUCGGACCCAUCGACCAGAAGAGGAUCGAUUUCGAUUUGAGUCAAGUCAAGAAAAUCGAACUAGACUUCCCCUAUUCAUCUGUCAAUGUCCAAAAUGUCCAAAGACCAUCUCCUCACCCUUACAUAAUUCACGAGGGCGUAUCUUACCGUGAAGAUUCGUUCCUGGAAUCCAAGUUUCUUUCAGCAGAGAUUGAAAUUCCUGGGCAGAAUAGCAACGAUGACAGUGUCUUCGACAACCAUAGUCCACGACCAUUGGACAGUAUCAGUACCACCAGUUCACUAGAAGUCCACAAAAUGGACUCUAGCGACGACGAAGAAAUGGAGGACCUUCUGUUUGUGACAGAUUAGGCAGAUUGGAAGGUUGUGACGUCACGAGAUAAUUCAAUUCCGUCUAAACGGACAGCGGUGCAUGUUUAAACCAUCCAAAUUAAAUGUGGAACAAUUAGUUGAUUCACCUCUCUGUAAAUAUUCUCCAACAAUAAUUUGGUAAGACAUUUUUCCUAUUAUUUAUUGCGCAACAAUCAACUGUGUAAUUGCAAUAUCGUAUCGCGAAAAAUAAUUAUCAACUAAUUAAUUCUCAAUUAAUUAACUAAUUAUCUUCCUUAGUAAUUAUCUCCCUGUCUCAAUUUAACAUAAUUACUGUCGUUCUCAUUUCAACCAAAAAGUUACGUAAUUAUUACGUAAAUAUUUACAUAACUGUCUACGUGACCAGCAUCACGUUCAAAUCUGAUGGCCAGUCCUUGGUCAAGGACCCCAAGGUCAAGCCAGACGUUGGUCACAUCAUCCCAACGGGUUCCCUUAUAUACAGUUAAAACCUUCUCAUGAAAAGUUGAAAACUUCAAUCUCCUAGUUGCGCUCGUGCUCUUCAGUCCACCCCUGCAAAGUUCUACCCAGUGUUUUUCAAAUUUUCCCAGUCAAUAGUGUGCAGAGUGUUAGUCCCUAUUCUUACGUAAUAACUUUCAAUGAAGAAAGAACAAUGGCAACCACCCCAAACGUAUUUCAUCUGUUUUACCAAGCCGUCAUCAAAGGUUCAUUAGCUGAAUUAUACGACAUCCGCCAUCAUUAUUCGUGGAAGGCCAUUUCGAUCGAGCUCAUCACUGGCCCUCAUUUCAACCAAGGCGAAACUUCACUGCAGGUGGCCGUCCAGUGCGGACACUACGACGUGGUCGAGUUUCUCGUCCAUCAAUUAAAAUAUCACGUCACUCACGCCGUCUGCCCGCAAGGCAAAUUCGCCCAGUCCAGUAAUAACAAGUGUCCGUUCUCCUGGGACAAACUGGACUACACCCGAACAUUACCGUCGUCGUUUGUUUUACCGUCGGCGGCCGUUUCGAUCGUCCGCGACAUCACCGGCCAGGUGCCCAUCAUCAAAUUGAUCGAGUACCUGGUGGACGUGGCCAACGACGAGCCCUUUUGGCUGGAAUUUGUUUUAAAUUCGUUCGUGACCAGCUCGGCCAUCACUCGGCCGGAAAAGAUUGUCGCCCUGGAACUGAUGGGCGCCGCUUUCAUUUUCAAACAGAUUUUGCACACGCGUCGCAAAUCGCUGUGCAAGAAAAAUCCGACCGAAACCGGACCGUGGCGCGGGCUGCAGUGCUGGAAAUCGGCCAUGAUUUACCGCAGGAUCGAUGAUGGCGAUGGCGAUCCUCCGAUCCCGAAAAUUCCUUACGUCUUUUCUGAAAUUGCCUUUAGCGCUUUUGGCGACGCGGUUGAAUUCAUGACGUUAGACGAGCUGGACCUGCUGGAACAACAAUCCACGUUGCACGGAUCCCACCAGGAUUGGCAUCUUUUAUGCGGACCACUGGUCGUUCAAGCUCUGCUGGUCAGUAAGCGCAUCUUUAGCCAAAACGGUGCUGAUGCUGCCGGCCAGCAAAUUGACGGGCCCAAUUCGUUCCACCUGGACAAUUUGCUGCACUACGGACUCUACUGUAAAUUCCAUCAGCAGUACAGCCAGGCCAUCAACGUUUCCCUGCUCAUCCUGGAACAUUCCAAAGGUUUCAAUCCCAAUUCGUCACCCAAGUGCGUCAAAUUAUUCGCCGAAACGUUCGAUCUCAUGUUGGUGUGUCUAAAACGACGCCAGCCGCCCAACAGCAUCUUGAAACAGGAGCUGUCGUCGGCCAAUCUCCUGGCGGCCGCCAAAUUCGGGAUCGAAAUCUUCACCAACAUGUUGCCAGUGCCGCCGGUGACUCUGCCCGAGCGCCAGCUGUUUGACAUUAUCGAGCGAACUUAUUUCUUCAUCUCCAAUUGGCUGCCCAGGUUGAACCAGCAGCAAGUCGAACAGUUAACCGAAUAUCUUUCGGGCUAUAUUCACCUGUACAAUGAAAAUAGCGGCGUCACCAGUCUCCUUCACGUGGCCAUUGAGAUGGUCGACUAUCACGGGGGAUUGUCCCAUUAUUCUACUAGACAUGCGGUGUCGAUUAUUCAAUUGUUGCUGGAAGCAGGAGCCGAUCCGAACGCGACCGACCGGUACGGCAAGACUCCGCUUCAUUUCUUGGCUGGAAAGUAUUCGCAAGAUGAGACUUCGGAAGCGUAUUUUAUUAUUUUCCAGGCACUGCUGGACGCUGGUGGGUAUCUGGACCAGGCCGCACCCAACGGCAAAACGGUUCUCUGCAUGCUGAAGGAUCGCAGGACCAAACACCCCACUUUGGGCUAUCCCUUUGAUCCUUUUAUCGAUUCGCUGAUUGAACCUGAAAGUCCUCUUUUUUCUAGUCCUUCUACAUCCAAAUCCAUUUGAAAUACCUGCAUUAAUUUCCUUCGCAAGUCACUGGUAACAAAUCAGUCAAAUGAUUUUCUUAAUUUUGUUAAAUGACUAAUUGAUCAUUUGUACUCAGGUUGAUUGGAAAAACAAGCUUGUCCCGGAUUUACUUCACUUUGGAAUUCGUUUGAAAAUUUAUUUCUCCUGUGUAAGAUGUGGCCUCUUAUAUAACCUACGGAGUAAUAAAAUAUUUUGCUAAUGCCAAGUAAUUAGUCUGUAUUUUUCUACUUUUUAAAAUUCGCUAAUUGGCUAGUCUAAUUCAACAUUUCUGUCUUCAAACGGACAUCAGUGUUUGACCUGUCAAAAAUGCUCUGCUGGUGUCUCAAAAUAUGUUCCAGCAAUCUAUUAAUAAUGCAAACUAUAUCGUCAGACAUUCGUCUUGUUUGUCUCUAAAAAUAGAUGGCCUUGGUUUUGUUUGUCGCCAAAAAUAGACGAGGACGAUAAGGACAUUUCAAUAGAAUUCCACAUCACUUCGGAGACGUACACUUGCGGACAUGACCCCUGUUUUCCAUAGCACUUGGGACUUGGCUAUUAUUAGUUACAUUAGUUAUUAGCUGUUAUUAGCUAUUAUGUCUAUUAUUAGUUUUUUUUUUAUCGAAUAAUUCACCGAACAAUGUCGUUCGCUCCGGUUAUUUCUAUAUACGGAUCAAUCCUAUUCCAUUUGACUUACUGUCACUAUCAUCCUGUUUCCUUGUCAAAAGGCCUGCGACGCAAUCAAUCAAACUAUCAUGGACGCAGAAUUAAAAACGUGACGUCACAAUCUUGCAUCAUGCACGGGCAGUGUGUACGGAACCAUAUGAAAAUGACCUCAUUUACGUAGCUCUUGACUAAUGCAAUCUACUGAAAC